GCGGGGUCCCUUGGGGUCGGCGCGUUGCGGGGCUGGCAGUUGGUGGCGGUUGGCGGCGCGUGAGGGAUGGCAGGGCUGACGCUCCUCUGCGUGACGGCGGCGCUGCUGCUGCUGGCGAGUGGCGGGGCCAUCCCGCCGCCAGAGGAGGCGGCCCGCAUGGCGCGCUUCGUGCUGCACAACUGCGACUGGGGCGCGCUGGCCACGCUGUCGGCGCAGGAGGGGCUGCGCGGCCAGCCUUUCGCCAACAUCUUCUCCCUCAGCGACGGGCCACCCGGGCCGUUCGACGGCAGCGGCGUCCCCUACCUUUACCUCACCGACAUGGAGAUCUCCGUGCAGGACCUGGAGAUCAAUUCAAAUGCCUCCUUAACUGUGUCUUUGGCACAGACUCCUUACUGCAAGAAGCACAAAUAUGAUCCCCAAAAUCCCCUCUGUGCCCAUAUAAUCUUCUGUGGGAGUAUUGUAAAGGUGAAUGAUUCGGAAGCAGGAUUAGCAAAAAAAGCAUUAUUCAGUCGCCACCCUGAAAUGGAAAGUUGGCCUAAGGAUCAUAAUUGGUUCUUUGCCAAGUUCAACAUCACCAAUAUUUGGGUCCUGGACUACUUUGGUGGAUUGAAAAUUGUGACGCCAGAAGAAUAUUACAGUGUCAAGCCUUAGUGGAAGAGGGUCCUCGGUGAUGCUGAUAGACAAAUGAAUUACUUUGGCUGUUUCAUGAAAGAUUUAUUUUUUUCUAUGUACUGUAGACCUGAAUUAAUGAAGAAAAAAAAUCAAACACCUUGCACUAUUAAUAAGCUUCUGAAGCAAAUGUAAAUUCUCACUAACUAGGAUAGCUUGAAUCAUGUCAUACUCAAAAACCUUUAUGCAUAAGCCAUAACUAAAUUUUAUUCAUUGGACAUGAUUCUGGAAAGAUGUCUGUCUGUUGACAGUCUGCAUUAAGAAAUUCUGUGUUUACUGGUAACUAAAGGGUUAGUCCAGUUUUGAACCUUUCAAUGCCUUAGUUAAUUAAUAUCUGUUUGUAAGCACUCUCCAAUUUUAUUUUAUUUUUAAUACCAGCUUAGUUUAGAUUUUUAUGGCAAAGUACUACAGGAUGGCUCAGUUGAUUGCGUAAUGGAAAGCAUUGCUUGUGAUACAAUGGCAAAGAUAUGCCGAUUUUCUUUGCGUGAUAAUACAGUCACUCGUUUGAGACAGUUUUCUAUUUUGCUGCAUAUAUCGAAUGUGCAAUAGAAUAUGAUUGUGUUUAUGCAAACUAUACUCACAAUAAGUUCUUGGUAACUCUUCAGCUGGCAGUGGUUACGUGCCCUGACUCUUUAAAAGAAGCAGGGUUAUAAUAACUAAAGUAUAUGACUCUCAUAUAAGAAGAGUAGUGUAAGUUUGUAUAAGAAGAAUGGUGGCUUGUAAAUUCAAUGACGAUGUUGUAACAGGUAAAUGUGUUUUCAUUAGAAUUGUGAAAUUUUCAGCUUUGUUAGUGUGAUCAAAUGGCAGUGUAACAGUUGUUAUUAACUUCAUCAGUAGAACUGAGCAGAUUUUUGGUUUUGGAAGACUUACACAGCAAUUUUGGGUUAGUAACCCAGAAGUGAGAAAGAAGCAAUAAAGUAUGACACAGAUGAUUUGUGACUUGUAGAGAAUGAAAAUUAAUGAAAGGUGUGCAUAAUUAAUUCUCUGUUUAAAAUAAGCCAGACACAACCACAAAAAAUAAACACCUUUUUACAUUCUAUCUCAUCUGCCGUGUGCUAAGUUCACAAAUAUCCAAAAGAGAUUAUGAACAAUUAAGUUGAUUUUACAAUGAGCAAAUAUUACCUAGUUGACAGAGGUGAGAAUGUGAGAAUUUAGACUCCUUAGAGGCAGAUCCAUAUAUAAGACAGAGGAAUUGAUUAUAUCGAUAUGUAUUAACGUUGUUGUUAUAUCACUACUUUUCUCAAGUACUGGAAUGAUAUCUGACAGUACUUCUGAUGUAACUUAGUAAGUUUUCCUUCUCCACAAGGGGGAAAAAAAGGUACUUGUUAUUGUAUCGAACACAUUGUGUUCUACUAUUUGAAAAUUAAUUUAGGAUUAAAAAAACCUUACACUGUGGAAACAAUUUAUGUUGAACAGAUAACACUGACAUUAAGUAUGAAAUUGUAAAAAUUUUUAUAUAAGGCAUAACAAUUGUGGAAACUCAAAUGAUCCUCUGGUAUGGACUUAAUCCUUUCCAUGGGGACACCUGAAUGCAUUACAUGUCACUCCGUAACUUCUGUUGUGUGAGACUGAUGAUGCUGGGCUUUUGUUAAAAUUAAAAUAUUUUUUGACAGGU